UUUGUCUGGUGAUACAAAGGAAAUAAUGUGUUUGAAUGGUCUAGUUAUACAAUCAGCUUUACAGCCAUAAAUGUGCAUCCAAAGAGACAAAGUCCGUCACUCAGUUGCUUCCUCCACCAGUAAACAGCCUCAACGCUUCGCACAUCAACAGGUCGACAACUGAGUCCAACACAUCAUGGAGACCAGUUCCAGAAGUCUGGAAUCCAUCCUGGAGGCAGCAAUGCUCAGAUCAGCAGGUGUUGUUGGAGACCCGUACCUGGCAGCAGGAUACCUGAUAGGAAGCUCCCUGCUGGGCCUCCUCAUCAUCAUCGGGGUCUUCUGGUACCAUCGCAGCAAUCUCAGCCUUUUUAAAAGAUCCUGCAUCAUGACCUUCACCUGCCAGGAAAACAGUCUCAUGGGUGUUCAAGUCGUCUACAACUCUCUGAUGACUCUGCUCAGCAUGGAUGCUGUGAAUCUGAUUGUGGCAAUCAUCUUGGGAGCUGAGAUCGUUGGAAGGCUCUGCGAUGGUGUAAUCAACUGUCUCUCUGUUGAAAUCACAUGGUUCCUGUCCAGAUGGUUUGGAGUGAUUAUUCAUCUUCUGAAUGCCUCGUUGUCCAUCUAUCAUCUGUGUCAUCAGCCACUGAGUGUAAACAGGGUUCGCAUCGCCUACUCAUUGAUUGGUCUAAUGAUUGGCAUUAUAAUUCCACUUUAUCUGUAUGUCACCAAAGCGGCCAUAUUCAUUUUGGCCUCUUUCAUGUUUCUGUUUGCUCUGUCCGUCAUUGUAACAUCUACAGCACCUACUUUGUCCCCGUCCACUUCUGCCCUGAAGAAACUGAUCAUGGUUGUUGCAAUGUGCAACUUCCUGGUUGUCUACGUUCCCACUUUCAUUGCUCAGUGCCUCCUUUGCACUGCAGUCUAUGAUCACGACCUUGUGAAUUAUGAAAUUAUUUAUGCAAAUGUUCAGGUUUUCACAAACUUUCACCUCCUUUUUGAUGGAUUCCUGUGUGCUUUAAUCCUGAAGUUGCCUUCUGGAGAAGAACAGCAACAGCAGCAAGAACAGUGGCAGCAACAACAGCAACAAGAAUUGGGUUUCCCAAAUCCAGGAUACACUGUGUCUACAACUGUAAAUCAAUAAUGAGCAAAAUUAUGUCUCCACACCACAAAUAUCAAUAUGCAUCCUAACCACUGAUAGAUAAUCGAGAAUUGUGUCAUUAUUUUGAAUUAUUCCUGCCUUCAUGAACUGUAUCUGUUGGACAGAAGGAUGCAGCUCCUACUUUAUUCAUGUAAACCCUGAAAUCACAGAUGAAAAUCAGCGUUUCACCCUCUGUGUCUGAUUUAAAAUCCAGCAUAAAGCAAGAAAAAAAUGUGUGAACACUUUCAGAAUGUACUGGCAGUGGAGAGCUGUAUAAAAUGAAGUUGAUGGAAAUAGCAGCAACUUUGAAAACUUUUCAAAAUAAAAUAUCUGUUCAAUA